AUGCGUGCAGGCAGGCUUUUGCCCUGUCUCACCAACCAAAAGUGGUUUCUCUGGGAUGGCUACUGUGGAGAUUGCUUUGCAAACAGUGGCACAGCUGGUCGCCUUCCAGAGCCCAGGGAAAGGAAGCUUUGUACAAAAGACCGGGGGAACAGGGCUCGAGUUUCUGUGGAGGAGCUCACUGACGUAGCUGAGGAUCGUCAGGGGUGUUCCCUUAGCCUUGGGCAGAAAGCUCCCAGGACCUCUCUGCCGGGAGGGACUGUGGGACGUACCCGAAAGCGUGUGAAAGAACAGGGCAUUCCGGGGAAGGUAAGAGCCUCUGAUGCAGACUCAGGACUCUAUGGCUUUAUUGAAUAUUCUCUUUAUGAUGGAUUCCAAAGCUAUGAAGCACCUCAGGCAUUCCAGAUCCACCCACACGAUGGGCAGAUCUGUGUUUCUCAAGAUAUUGACAGAGAGAGGGAUCCAGCCACCUACGAUCUCUUGGUGAAAGCUAAGGAUGGGGGUGGGCUAAGUGCCCAAGCUUUUGUUCGUGUGGAACUGGAGGAUGUGAACGAUAAUGAACCUGUGUUUAACCCAUCAACCUACGUGAUGAGCAUUAGUGGCCAGACCCAACCGGGCACCGAGAUCGUCAAUGUUCUGGCCACUGACAGGGAUUCAGGGACAUAUGGAGCAGUGGCUUAUGAGCUGGUUCUCGGAGACCUGUCAUCCCUUUUUACCAUCGACUCCACCACAGGAAUUAUUUACUUAACAUCAACUCUUAGUCAUUUGGAAUCUACUACCCUUUCAUUGACGGUCUGUGCUCGAGAUGGUGGCGGGCUCACAUCUGUCAUUAAUGCUGACAUCACUAUACACAUUCUUCAGACAUCUCUGGCACCUGCUGAAUUUGAAAGGCCGAAGUACACCUUCUCAGUCUAUGAAGAUGUGCCUGAAGACAGUCCUGUGGGAACAGUGAAAGCAAAAGAGUCCUUGAAUUCUUCAGAGCCAAUUUUUUAUAGAAUCUCCUCUGGUGAUCCGGAUGGAAAGUUCUCUAUUCACCAGUGGCUAGGCACCAUUCGAACCCGGAAGCCUCUGGAUCACGACACGCAGCCUGUGGUUGUGCUCACGGUGCAGGCGCAGCUCGGCAGCUCCCAGGCCUGCAGCAGCACAGAAGUCAACAUAACGGUAAUCGAUGUCAAUGACAACCAGCCCGUGUUCCCCAAGGCCGCUGAUGAGAUUAAAAUACUCUUGGCCACACCGCCGGGCACAGCCCUGUACUGUGCCCGCGCAGAAGACAGAGACAGUGGGCGGAAUGGCUUCAUCCGAUACGCCAUUGCAAGCCAGAAUCCAAGCUGCUUUUCCAUGGACUCAGGGCUUGGUGUGGUGUACCUCAACGAGAGUCUGGGAGGGGACGCGCCCCCGAAGUGCACGCUGACGCUCAUGGCCCAGGACCUGGGCGUUCCUCCUAGGGCUUCCCUGCUGGUGCUGACUGUAGUCAUCGAAAGACAAGAGCAGAGCCCAUCCUUGUUCUUUGAAAAUUUGGUCUAUCAAGUGGAAGUGAGUGAGUCUCUCUCACUGAUGACCCAGGUACUGCAAAUACAGGCCUACGGGCUUGGUGCACAGCACGCAGCCUCGCAGCCUCAGUACUCGCUGGAACCCAGCACAGACUCAGCCAUGUUCGGCCUCCACCCUUACACAGGCUGGAUUUAUUUGUGGCGACAGCUCGACUAUGAAUCCGCACGAACAUAUAAUUUUAGAGUGUUUGCCUGGAUCCCGGAGGACAGAGUGUCACAAAAUGUGAGCACUUCAGUAAUUGUUCAUGUCUUGGAUGAGAAUGACAAUUCCCCUACCUUCCUGCAUGAGGUGUUGUUUUUGAAGGUCGAGGAAAGCCCCUUUCCCCAAGGGGUAAUAGGCAAAAUUACAGCAAUUGACAGAGACUCGGGAAAGAAUGGACAGCUGUCAUAUUUCCUUUUGUCUGAUGGAAAAUUCUUCAAGAUGAAUCCUAAUACAGGUGAAUUUAUCAGCUGGGUGGCCCUGGAUCACGAGCACCAGGCGCAUCACCAGGUGACGGUCCUAGUGACAGACCGCGGCUCUCCCCCGCGAAACGCCACCAUGGUGGUUUAUGUCUCAGUUACUGACAUCAAUGACAACAGGCCGUAUUUCCCACAGUGUCCCAGUGGAAAGGAAUUACACAUCAAGGUUCUGGAAGGUCAACCAGUAAAUAUGUUGGUUACAACUGUAUUUGCAAAGGAUCUUGAUGAAGGAAAUAAUGCAGAAGUUACAUAUUCAGCAUCUUCAGAGGAUAGCUCUGACCACUUCAAGAUUGAUGCCAACAGUGGUGAAAUAAGAACGACCACAAUACUUUUGCAUGAUUAUAGACCUUCCUACACGGUGACUGUAAUUGCCAGUGACCAGGGAGUAUCUUCUCUACAAGGACGAGCAGUUAUUAAUAUUCAGGUGAUCCCACUACCCAGAGGGAGACCUGUCAUUUCUCAGAACAUUAGACAUUUAGUUAUACCAGAAAACUUGAAGCCUGCAAAAGUAAUGAGCUUGAUAAAGUCACCUGAUCACCUUCCACAUCAUCCUAAUGGAAAGUUACAUUUUAGUAUUGCUGCAGAUGACAGGGACGGUCAUUUUGCAAUCGACAGCUUGACAGGGGAUGUAUUCCUUUCUAAGGAACUUGAUUAUGAAAUGACAUCUCACUAUCUCAUCAGGGUGGUGAUUAAAGACCCUAGCAAAACCCCUCCCCUGAAUAGCACAGUCUUCCUUAGCAUCGAUGUGGAGGAUCAGAACGACCAUUCCCCGUCCUUCCAAGAGCAGUUCGUUGUGGUAAGUGUGGAAGAAAAUGUCCCUAUAGGGACUCUGGUGCAUGUCUUCAAUGCCAAAGAUGGAGAUGGAAGUUUUUUGAACAGUAGAAUACAAUACUUCGUUGAAUCCCACCACCCUGGAACCAAUCCGUUUAUCAUCCACCCCUCCUCUGGCGCCUUAGUCACGGCGUCCCCCCUUGAUAGAGAAAGAGUUCCCGCCGUCGUCCUGACCGUAACUGCGUCCGACCAGGCUGCGAACGUGACGGACCGGCGACUGAGGUCGCUGACUGCGCAGGUAGUGAUUUUGGACGUGAACGACCACAGCCCCACUUUCAUGUCUUUUCCCAUCGCCCAUGUCAGAGAGGAUGCCAUGGCGGGCUCCUUGGUGCACCACAUAUCUGCUCAAGAUCCCGAUGAAGGAAGGAACGGAAGAGUAACAUACAGCAUCCUAUCGGGAGAUGAAAACAGGGCCUUUAUGCUGGACGAGGCAUCAGGCUUACUAACGACGACUUGUCCCUUGGAUUAUGAAGUAAAAGCUCAGCACAUUCUGACCCUUCUGGCCCGGGAUGAUGGCAUACCAGCACUUUCUUCUUCCCAGACUUUGACAAUUACUGUUCUCGAUGUAAAUGACGAGUCACCAGUAUUUAAGCAGGACCUGUAUGAAGCUUUAGUUAAAGAAAACCAAAAUCCAGGAGAGUUUGUCACAAGGAUUGAAGCUGUGGACAGAGAUUCAGGGAUCAAUUCCAAGUUUCAGUUUGAAAUCAUGCCAGGUGCUGCAUUUGGGUUGUUCAAGGUAAACUCUGACACUGGAGAGGUGGUGACAGCCGUUACACUUGACAGAGAAGUUCAGGAAGUCUUCACCCUUCGAGUAUUAGCACGAGAUGGGGGAAUCCCUUCACUGUCAGGCACCACAACGAUUCUUUGUACUGUAGAAGAUGAAAAUGAUCACACCCCAGAGAUUAUUGUCCCCAGUCACCACGUUGAAGUUCUGGAAAACCAAGAGCCACAGGUUGUCUACACUGUUUUCGCCUCUGAUAUGGAUGCUGGCAAUAAUGGAGCUGUCAGGUAUCAUAUAAUUGAUGGAAAUACUGAUGAGUACUUUGCAAUUAAUGAAACAUCAGGAGAACUGUCACCCAUUCAUCCUUUGGACCGAGAGCAAGUCAACAAUUUUACCCUUGUCAUCCUGUGCUCAGAUCUGGGGGACCCACCCAGGAGCUCAAUAGCACAGCUGCAAGUUAAGGUUUUGGAUGACAAUGACCACAGCCCCUCCUUUCCCACACUUUAUUACCAAUCCUCUGUGAGAGAAGAUGCUCAGGUGGGAACAGUGGUUCUUGUGCUGUCCGCGGUGGACAAGGAUGAAGGCCUGAAUGGACAAACUGAGUAUUUCCUGACAGGGGAGUCUUCUGACACGUUCACCAUUGACCCUGCGGCAGGCAUAUUGAGAACCAGCCGUGCCCUCGACCGAGAAGCCAGAUCGCUGCACACGUUGAGGGCUGUAGCCAGAGACUGUAGCAUCCGGGGUUCAAGAAGCACCACAGUAAUUAUAAAAGUCCACGUCACUGAUGUUAAUGACAAUGACCCAGUUUGGGAACAGAACCCCUCUGAAAUUUUUCUUUCCCCCCAGUCACCUACAAACCAGACAGUGACCAUUCUGAGAGCCAGUGACCCAGACUUGGGGCCCAAUGGAACUGUCAUUUUUAGUUUUGCAGAGACCCAGUCAAUUUUUUCCAUUGAUAAAUAUACAGGAGAAAUUCAGCUUCAGCACAACCCAUCAUCAGAAUAUUUUCCAUUCUGGCUGCAGUUAAAAGUUAUGGACCAAGGGCUUCCGGCUAGGACAGCCACUGGUCUCUUAGUCAUUCACAUGAAAGGAGAAGAUAUAAAGAUUUCCUUCAGCCACCAUCUGUAUGAAGGGUCUGUGAUGGAAAACUGUGAUUCAGGUACUUCUAUUGUGACUGUAAAAGCUUUUGCUCCUGAUUCAAUUCAAGACAGCAUUAAGUAUUCAAUUUUUAAUGGAAAUGAAGAUGGAGUUUUUUCCCUGUCCUCCAACUCAGGAGAACUCACAGUGAAAGAACCCCAGUUUCUUGAUUCUGAAGUCAGAAAUGAAGUACAACUCAUUGUUUUGGCUGAAAGUAUGGGGUAUAGAGCCUACAGCAAAGUAGCUGUCUUGAUAGAAGAUGUGAAUGAUAAUUUACCACGCUUUGAGCAAAGUGUUUACCAUGUGUCAGUGUCUGAAGGCCACUUCCACAAUGCUCACAUCAUACAGGUCUCUGCCGCAGACCCGGACCGUGGGUCGAGCGGCCUCGUCGAGUACUCCAUUCUCUCCGGCAACCAAGGACAGGUGUUCCAGAUGGACAGCCUGAGCGGUGCGGUAACAGCGAACGCGAUUAUGGAUCACGAGCUCGCCGGCGCCUACAGCUUGAUUGUUCAAGCCACAGAUAAAGGGGUGCCCAGGCUUUCUGGAACAAGUGUGAUCAAGAUACAAGUGAUUGAUAUAAAUGACAAUGCCCCAGCUUUUCUCCCCUCUGAAGCAGUGGAAAUUGCAGAAAAUUCUUUGCCUGGUGUCAUUGUGACUCAGAUAUCAGUUCAUGAUGUGGAUGUGAACCCAUCUUUCAUCUUCAAUUUCGUCAAAGAGAGUAAUCCUGGCUCCAAGUUUGCUAUUGAUCCAAACACUGGAGUAGUGGUGCUUGUGAAGCCUUUGGAUUUUGAAGAAGCUGCUGAAUAUGAGCUGCUCAUCCAAAUUUCUGAUACAGUCCACCACACAGAGGGAACACUCAUCAUCCGCGUGCUGGAUGUCAAUGAUAACCCACCAGUAUUUUCUCAAGAUUCUUACCAGGCCGCUGUUCCUGAAUUGGUACCUAUCGGGAGCUCUGUGCUGACUGUGGCAGCCACAGACCAAGAAAGCAAUGAUAACAUUUCUUACAGAAUCCUUUCGUCUUCUAAGGAAUUUUCAAUUGAUCCUAUGAAUGGCACAAUAUUUACUAUCAACCCAAUAUUACUUCUGGAUGAAAAAUCGACAGUUCGAUUUCUUGUUGAAGCCAGCGAUGGUGGAAUUCCUGACCUGAAGGCUCUUACCUUAGUAGAAGUAGAAAUACAAGAUAUGAACAAUUAUGCCCCUGAAUUUGCAGUAGAAUCCUAUAAUCUUAGCUUGAGUGAAGAUGCACAAGUUGGAGGCACGCUUGUCACAUUUUCAACCACUGACCGUGACUGGACCCGUGAAAACACACAUGCUGAAUAUUCCAUCAUCAGUGGUAAUGCACAGAACAAUUUCCAUGUGGAAACUAGUUUCAUUCCUUCACAGUAUCCUUAUAAGCAGAUUGGUUAUCUGGUGUUGCUUCACAGUCUGGACAGAGAAGCAGCUGCCAGUCACAAGCUUGUAAUUCUGGCCUCUGACCAUGGCUGCCCUCCACUGAGUACCACAGCCAUGGUAUCAAUAGAAGUACUUGAUGUCAAUGAUAAUCCGCCUGAAUUCGACCAUCUGAAAUAUCACACCCAUGUGAAGGAAAGUACCCCCAUCGGGAGUCACAUUGCUGUGGUCUCAGCAACCGACCGUGAUGUGGGUUCACAUGCAGAAAUCAUCUACCACAUAAUCUCUGGAAACGAGAAGGGACAUUUUCACUUAGAAGAAAACACUGGUGUGAUUUAUUUGGUUAAACCUCUGGAUUAUGAAGAAACUAUACAAUUCACUUUAACUAUCCAAGCUUCAGAUGAAGAAAGGAAACAUUUUUCUUUGGCACUUGUCCUUGUCAAUGUCCUAGAUGAUAAUGACCACGCACCUCAGUUUAUCUUCUCAAGCUUGAAUUGUGUUGUUCCUGAAAAUUUGCCAAUUUUCUCCACCGUAUGUUCUGUAAAUGCUUUGGAUUUUGAUGCGGGUCCUUACAGAGAAUUGACUUAUUCUAUUUUAUCACCCUGUUCUGUCACUCCUGGGGUGCUUCAAGAUCAUGAUCUCUUCCUCAUUGACCCUUUAACAGGAGACAUUCAUGCUAAGCAAGUCAUUGACUAUGAAAAUGGCAGUAAAUACUGCCUCACCGUUCAGGCAAAAGACAAAGGUGACUCAACUGCCUCCUUAAUGGUUUGGGUGGAUAUUGAGGGGAUAGAUGAGUUUGAACCCAUUUUCACUCAAGAUCAAUAUUUUUUCAGCCUCCCAGAAAAGAUUAACCUAAGACAGUUGAUUGGCAGAGUGGAAGCAUCAGACGCAGACUCUGGUAUUGAUGGAGUUAUUGUUUACUCCCUUGAUACUCCAUCUCCUUUCUUUUCAGUAAAUAAGACCAAUGGAAAUAUUUAUUUGGCUAGAGCCCUCCCCCUAAUAAAAAGUCAAGUCAGCAAAGAAGACACCAUUGAAAUGAAAAUAAUCGCUCACAGCCCCAAACCAGACUCCAAGUUUACAUCUUGCACUGUUUUUGUGAAUGUGUCAUUUCCCUCAGAAGGAAAACACUCAGCAGUGUCAGGUAGCGACUUGUCAACCAGCCUCAUGGUCUCCUUUUUAGUGUUUCUGUUACUCAUUGUUGUUCUAGUUGUACUGAUUUUAAGAUAUAAACAAAAAGGUGCAGUAAACAACUAUGAAGAAAAGAAAACAUCUGCAUCCUUAGACAUCAGCCUGCAACUGAACAGGGACACGAGCAUGCCCGAGCCCUUCCUGAAAACCAGCGAGUGCAGUAAUGAGGUGGUGCCCAUGGACUCCUUGCCUGAAUGGCUGAGUUUGAUCAGUAUCAUGGAGAAAGACAUUGUGAAUCUGUACAGGCACUCAAACUCCAGUGGCCACUGUUCUGUGGAAGGAGAAACUGCUGAAGAUAAGGAAAUCCAGAGGAUAAAUGAGCAUCCUUGCAGGAAGGACUCUAGCUCCGCUCUGAGUGAUCGGGAAUCCAGGGUGCCAGAUUCCGGCAUCCCAAGGUACUCAGACCAACUGUCCUGCCUGUCUGGAGAAACCGAUGUGGUGGUCCCUGCCGAAAUAGCAGAAGCCAGCCAGACAUUUGAGGAAGGGGAUCGAGAAGAAGGCUAUGGCACAACCUAUGUUCAAAAUAGUGUGUUACCCCAGGCCCUGAAGAAGAGAGAGAUGAAAGAGGGCAUCCUGGCUGAAGUCAGAAAAGAGUCCAUCUUUAUUUCAAGUGAUCAGGAAGCAAGACAUGCAGCUCCUUCCACCCAGAGAACCUCUGAUGAUGAUGUGAGUGGCGACUGUCACUGGGAUUAUGUCCUCAGCUGGGAACCCAGAUUCCUGCCUCUUGCCUCAGUAUUUAGUGAUAUUGCAAAACUAAAGGAUGAACAUUUACAUAUGCCUAGCAUUCCAAAAGAGAAAAAAUCUUUUGUUUUUCCACCACCUUUGAUAACAGCUGUAGCCCAACCUGGGAUUAAAGCAGUGCCUCCAAGAAUGCCAGCCACAACCCCAGGCCAGCUGCUUCAGAAACACCCACACUCCCCCCUCCCCUACCGUGUCAGUUCUCUGUCAGAAGCCAUGACUCCCAGUUUUUCCCCAUCUCUUUCCCUACUGACCACCCAGACCCCUGCUGUGCCUCCACUGUUGGCAGAUGGAGAGUUAUUAGACACACAUCUAAGUGGUACAUGCUAUGAAUUCAACGCAGAAGAUGAAGCUCAGAUAUAAAAUGAUCGUGAUGUCAAGCCCCUGCUCACCACUGGUCACAAAUGAUUGAGCAAAACAUUGUUGAGCAAGCUCCUGGAAAGUAGCUUCAUUUUACCUAUGAGUAAGUGAUAUUAUUUAGUCAGGGUUUUUAGAACCUCCUCACUUUAGUUUCUCAAAUUUCUUCCAGCCAGCCUGAAUGAGAAGUUACCCCCUCUUUUAACCUCUAUGUUUUGCUCUCAGGACUCAAGUUUGUAUAUAGUAAGUAGUGUAUAGUCUAUCAUACCUGGUUUUCUGUAUGAGUAGGUUUCCAAAGGACACAGUGAACUUGGCUGACUGCCAAAAUGUUUUUAUGAAACUAAAUGGGAAUACAGUGCAGUCUCGUCACACUACUGCUGGUUAGGCAGCUGUAGCUAAAGCAAACUCGCGCAGUCUAAGGCGUGAGCAGAGGACAGAAAACAACUGAGAGGAGAAAUUCAGAAGGAUAAACUUAAGUUUUCAACUGCAGUGGUUUUCUAUAGAUUUGAUAUAUUUACAGAUGCAUUUCUCCACUUUUCCUCUAUGCCACACUUAUGGAAGUUAGUGGUAAGUUUAACUUCAUCGUGCCUUUUGGAAAUCUAAUGAGAAAUUAAAAAUGAAAUUUGUCAUAACUCUGUGCAAAAUAAGAAAACAGUUCCUGAUUAAAUGAACCAGAAGUAUCUGUUUUUGACAAUGGACCAGAAUUUGAUAAAAGCAGUCAGUAAGGUUGGCUUCCUCAGGUGUGUUUCCUUGGCCUUCUUUACAAAUAGAAUGAUGAUUUUUAUUUUCAAUGCUCUGUCUUGUAACAUGGUACGGGUACAGACAUUAAACUUUGAAGAUUUUAAUCUACAUUAAAAUUUGUAGAUAUUUCUUCAUUUUAUUUUCUUUUAGAUACAGCAAUUUUGGCAAGAAAUAAUUUAUCCACUCAGUGUCAGUUUUAAAAGUGAGUAUAGAUAAAAUUAUGUUAUUAGCUAAUAAUAAAUUUCAUAGAGUACCUUAGCCAUAUAUUUUUAAUGAAGAUUUUUUAUAUAAAUGUUUCUACUCUAAAAGUUAAGAGUGGAUGUCUGAAGUCCUUCUUCCAUUUGUUCACACAUUUAGCUUUGAUUGUCAUUAGAUGGAGCAGUUUGACAACAUGGUUAAAAUAAUUGUUCAGCACAGCUACUGUUUCAGAAAUAAUAGUGGUGUGUGGUACUCACGCAUAAUGGUAUAUCCUUCUCUCUGAUGAACCUAAGAAUCCAUCAAAGAUUCUUGUCCCUUCCAGGAAAGCAGAGGACUUUCCUAUGAUGAUGGUCCAGCAGCUGCCCAUGGUUGGCAACAUGGCCAGGCUUGCAAAUAAGAGUUUAGGGUAUUAAUGGCAAUCUAGAGGGCAUCUGAUAUGGUUUUCUUAGUAGUUGAUGUGGGCUUCUGCUAUAGAAAUAUUUCCUUUAUUUUUCUCACUAGGCCUCAUCUGUAAAAUUAUGUGAGAUAGCUAAUUUUUCUUUACUGAGAAACAUCACAGGAUGCCGUGCUUAAUGGCUAGUUUUGUUGAUAAAUAAUUCUAAGACUUCCUUUGCUGAUUUCAUCAUUUACAUAUCUUUGCUAACUUCUAAAUUGAGAACAAGUGUAAAAAACCACAUCAGAAAUUGUAUGAAACAUGAAAGGUCUUGGACAAGCCUGGAAUCCUAGGGAAAGUCAUUUAGGCAUGAAACACUUAAAUAUUAAAGAAUGAAUGCAUGUCUCUCCUUUUUCUUCAUGGCAUUGGGGAAGAAAAUUUCAUGGUUUUUCUAAAAAAAAAAUAACCAUUUAAUCAUUUCAGUGUUCCAGUAUUUAUUCUCUCUUUGACUUCCUUCAAAAGAUUACUUUGAGCAUAUGAAGAAAUUCUACACUGAUUUUUUUCUAGUUAUAUAUGGAAGUUGUGUUUUGCAACAGGCUAGUUUCUAGGAACCGAGAACAUUUUGGUGUUUUUAAUUAAGCAGGUUCUUUAUUUCCUUAUGCUUAAAAAGAGUUAUCCAUCUAACUCUUCCCUAAGUUAUUUGCUUAUGAUUUAGUACUCAUUCUGGACAUGAUUCUGCAUUUUUUCUGGACAUUUAAUAAAAAAAGAAGACAUGAAGUAUUUAGCACUAUUCCUUACCAACAUCUCGUGUAUUUUCAAUUGAUGACUUUAUUUAUACAAUAUCCAGGGCCCCACCAUCACCAAACAACUGCUGCAAGUACGGUUGAGAUUAAAAAUGUGAGCAUUCUGGUUGUUUGCAAUAAAUCAUAUGUCAGCCCUUUCAACUAGAGUGCUUUUUCCUAAGUAAACAAUGUAAUUUGUACAGUUUUCCUUCAAGUUUAAUAUUAACUUGCCUCAUAUGUUCUGUGUUAUUUUGCUGAUCUACACACCAGCUUUAGCACUCUGGAGGGGGUGCAGAACUUGUUAGUGGAAAAUCAUAUUAAGCCCCAAAUUCAUAAGCUAUAAAAUAAAAGACAGUUGUCUCUUGCAGAAUUUUGGCUGCCUGAAAUUCUGGACUUUCUUGUUGGCAGCCUUCGAAAUACUGGUGUAAAUCAGUACCAAAUGGAUAUCAAAAUUCCAUGUCCUCGUAGUAAUCAUUGAAUUGGCUUCCAAAAUAGAUUCCUAGACAAAGAAAGGGGAAUAUGCUAUAUCUUUAGGGAUUUGAUCAUUUAACUGUUCUUUAAAAUUACUAAAAUACACUAUCAACUACUGGUAGCCUACGUGUAUAGCACGGGUCUAUAGUGGACGUCCCGUUGAGACAGGAGUGGUGUUGCUCAGUGUUUAGUCUCAAUUUCUGGGCCCUCUUUGCUUUGUUUUCCAGAAGUUAUAGUGAUGAAAAUGCAUUACUGAUUUCAAUUUUUUUUCCAUCCAAACAUAUUUUGUUACUUUUGUUUUGUUUUGUUUUGCCUUGACUUUAAGUAAAAUACCUUAACUUUAAGUGAAAAAAAACAAGACAUAACAAGAGGAUCUCAGAUGAUCCUUUUCAAAGCCAUGGUGUAUAUGGAGUGAACGUGAUCAGUGGAUUCGCACAUGAUAUUGUGGACAGGCACCUUGGGUUUAUUUGCACAGUGUGUUUUCGUUGAGCUCAAAAGUGUGGAGCCGUCUGUUGGAUGGUAACUGAGGGGAGUUAGUGUGGGAAAUCAUUCUAACCCGAGAGGGUUACUUGGAUCAGUGAAGUUGUAGAAAUUUUGCUGCUGGUCAAAACUGGACAUUCCAGUGUGAGUCCCUGAAGGCAGCUUUUGCCCGUUGUAGAGAUGGAGGGAGAGAAGAAGGGAAGGAGAGAAAGGAUGAAGGACAGAAGAGGAGAUAAAGGAUUAGAUCGAAAAGGAAUAAUUUAGGGUACAUAUAGAGAAACACAACAAAGCAACAGAAUAAGAACUUGUAAAAAAUAAUUUUUUAGUGUGAAGAUUUUGCUGCAUCAUUUACUCUUCAUAGAUUCAGCCUGUUGAGGAGUCUCUUUUCUCUUUUUUGAGAAAUCCCUUUUCCUCUUCCUUUCUGCUCCUUUCAAGUGUAUCCAUUUCCAACUUUUCAAGUUGGAACAUUUGGGUGUAUCAAGUGGUGAACCCAAAGCUAAGUGACAAUAAAUGAAAAUACAUUUGACCAUGAAAACUUGAAUUUGUGGUAUUUUUAGUUUUGCUGAUUUAUAGAAUAAAACAUUUCAAAUGGUUACCUUACCUUAUUUCCCACUCUACAUAACUUUGGCAUUGAGAGUACCAAAAUUUUAAGUAGGUGAUUUUACAUAUAUACCAGGUAAUGGAGGUUCAGAAGGCUGUUGGGACAGAAUAUGGGAUUUUAGUGCCUAGGUUUUUUAUCCCAAUGGCUCAUCCUUUUUAAAAAUGAGCACUUGCUUGAUACUUGUGAUUUUAUAUUAAAAUAUCAGAUUGUAUAUAACAUUAAACCACAAUAUAACAUACAGGCAUGGUCAAUAAUUUGUUCUCAAAUAUUGUCAAUUUUAUUUGAAUUUUGGUGAUAAAUUAUUUUGAUUUACUAGAUCAAAGAAGUUUGUCUAUUAGAAAUAAAAUUAUGGCAACCUUAGAAGGACCCAGCCCAAAGUAGCUGGGGUAUCAAACUAUAGCUUUCUCUUAUAAACUUGGCACUUGGCUAUUUAACGACAGUUUAGCACUUCCUACUGUUUUUCUGUCUACAUGAUUUUCCUCAUUUCACCCAAAAUAUUUGCUAAACCAAAACUGUGAAGUGAGUAAUAGAGAUGGAAAAAGCAUACCAAAUAAAUAGCAGAUGCACAAGUGCAUCUCCUGAAUGAGGAAGCAUUAUUUUGGUUAGAAAACUAAAUACAUGGAUUUCAUUGUUAGAUAGUAAACCCUCAGGGCAAAUGCCUGGUCUCCACUUGCAUUAUGAAAUACAGAUGUUUCUUAGAAUGAAUGAAUACAUAUGUAAAUGGGCACAGAAGUUGCUGUAAUGUAGGAGUGUGAUGCAUAGGUAUUGAACCCAUUAGGUGUGAAUUUUAGCAUAGUUCUGUGUUUUAGCCAAUCACAGGGCAGAGAGAAAAUAAGUACAAAGAUCCCAUCAAAAUAUUAUUGAAUAUCUUAAAGUCAAGUAACUAGAAAUUCCUUUUGCAAUCUGGUUUGUUUUCUCUUUCCCGCUUCCUCACUGUGUACAUACAUUUCUUUUGAGUUUUAGACAUAAUAGAAACAAGAUAUAAAUGACAUUUAAAAGCAUAUUGUUUGAAACAGUGACAUUACAUGACCAAGCACAUUGGUUUAAUUUAAUUUCAGAUCCUGUAAUAGUUAUAACUGCCCUAUGGCUAGCAGGAUAAAGUUCUAUCAGUAUGAGAAGAGAAUAGACUCAGUAGACAUGCCUAAAAUGUUUACACCAAAACUCAUUAAAAUUUAAAGUAAAAAGAAUAUGAGGAAUUUGUGAAGGAUAUUGUAUAUGUGCAUAUGCUGAGUAUUUGUUAAAGUGAUAUUUUAAACAAGUACAGAUUUUUUAAUAAAUGCAUACUGGGAAAUUCAGUGGUGGUGGUAAAUAUGAGGUUAUUUCUUCUCAUGCCAUAAACAAAAGUGAAUUCUAGCUGGGUUAAUGAGUAAAAGUUAAAAUGAAACCAUAAGAACUGGAAGAAAAGCAUGGAAUAAAGGUCAGUAAGAACUUUUUAAAUAUAAAAGUAAAGGUAGAGUGAUACAUUUGACCUUAUGACAAUACAAUGUACUGUAACAACUUGCAAGAAAUGAUAAUUGGGAAAUACUUCACAGAUUUGAUCAAUAGAUAUUUAUUUAGUAUGCAUUGUGAACAAGGCUUGGAUCUGGGCUCUGGAGAUUCAGGAGUGAAUAGAAUCGAUUGAAGAACAGAGCAUUUACAGCACUUACAUUUUAUUAAGGGAGAUAGCAAUAAAAAUAUGCUCUCAAGUAAUGGUAAGAAACUUAAGACAAAUAUAAAGAAAAACAAUAUCGACAAGGUUGUGGGAGAAUACGGCAGUCCUAUUUUGAUUAAAUAUUCAGGGAGGUGUCUUUGAAACGAUGCUGAAUGAAAUGAAUGAACCAUGAAAAAAUCUGAGGGGAAAGGGUUGAAAGUAUGUGUGUCAGUAACUACAGAGGUCCUGAGGUAAGAGCCACUUGGAGUGUUUGAGAAACUAUAAAGCCAGCGUGGCUUGCUGGGAGAAGAAGAAUUAUAGGAAAUAAGAUCACAGAGGUAACUAGGGUUCAGAUUCCAUAGGGCUUUGUAGGCUAUGGUAAAAAGUUUCAGUUUUUGUUCCAGGUGUUAUGGGAAGUCAUUGGUGGGAUUUGCCCAGAGAUCAUUUGCCCAGAGAUAUAAACCUAUCUGAUUUAUAUGUUUAAAGAGUAAUCGGCUACCUUGUGGGAAAUAGACAAUGGUAAAAGGGGAAGUCAGUGCAGUAAAAGUGCUCCAGUUAAUUGGAUAUUUCAGUACUCUCAGCUGGUAAUGACUGUAGCUCAGCCAGAGUGUUAUAGGUGGAGUUGAACAGAGUGAAGAUAUAUAUAUAUUAGAGUUAGUGUAGCUAGUUCUUGAUAAUGAAUUGGAGGUGGGGUGUGGAGAAAGUUAGACAGUAAUCUAGGGUUUAAGAGAUAGUUUGGGCUAUAGAAAAAUUUGAAGUCAUCAGAUUAUGAAUAGUAUUAAAAACCAUGGGAUUGGAUGGUAUCAUUUGAGGAGUAAAUGUAAACAGAGAAAAGAUCCAGAACUGACACCUGGGACACUGACCAAGAGGUCAAAAAGGGUAAGAAGAGCCAGCAAAUAAUUUUGAGAAAAAAAAGAAAAAAACUAAUGAGGUAGGAUAGGAAAGCAGGAUAGUCUGGUAGCCCAAAAGCCAAGUAGAGAAAGUGGGUUAGAUUCUAGUUGGGGCAAGAUAACACCAGUGUUUUUAAAUCUUCCCAAAUCACCUUGCAAAACAGAACACCUAAAGGCAGUGAAAGUAAAAAUUCAUAGACAUCUUCAACAAUGAAAUCAUUCCUACAAAUUCUAGAAUAUGAGUAGCAAGCAAAAAGCACAAACUAUUGGCAGUAACAAAAAGUAGAAGGGUAGAAUUUGGAAUUUUCUUUGAGCCAGAAAACAAGGAAUUGCCAAUAAUUAUUGACCAGCUGAAGGAAAUAUCUAUACUUGGAGGGAAAACAUAGCAGACUGCUCUGAGAAUAACUGUCAAACUGGGGAAGGCUACAGAGCACCCACUUUGUAGAUGAGUGUAGACAGACUGCAGUGAAAUUAGAUUAUGCCGGUUCAUCCAAGGCCCCAGAGCUUCUAGAAAUACACAAGCAAAAUUGCCUUCUAGAAGAACAGAAAUCCACACUACAUAAAGCCCACUGAAAGUAGAAUUCAAAUUUAUAUGACUAGUAAAGGGGAAGAAGUCCUAUAUACAAAGGGGGAAAGGGGAAAGCAGAAGAUAGAAAGAAGUCCUAUUUAUAAAUACUUUGCAGAAACAAGAGAAGAGGGAGCUCUAGAGCCAUGAAUUAGGAAAGCUAUUCAGAUCUGUGACCACCCCAUAUGGUAACUUCCCAAAAUAUAGUAAAACCCACCUAAUAUUACAUGAGCAACGUAAAAUAAUCACAAUAUAAAAGAUAAUCAAAAGGACUGACUGUCUGAAUGAUGUGCCAAUAUAGUGAAGGCACACUGAAAAUAUAUAAAAUGGUAAAAGAAAUUGUGACUUAAUAUUUCAAAACUAGCUAAAGGAAACUAAGAAAACAAUAAAAACUGCAAAGGUUGCAUAACCAAUCAGCAAAGUUCAGAGAUGAAAAAAACCAAGAGGUAGAUAUUAAAAGAAAGACAGAUCUCAAUGGAAAACUAUUAAUAAAAAAGUCAAAAGACCAAACUAGAAGGAAUAAAAAGUUACUAAGGCAUCAAUGAGACUAUAGCAAGAGAAAUAGAAAAUGGACAAUGUAAGAUGAAAAAAAAUCUAAUAGAAUUGAAAAAAUUAAAAAAAAGAAUUUUAGGGAUGAUAGGUUUACCAGACUAGAAAAAAAUGAUACAAGGCAUGUAUAAAUGUACCUCUUAAAGAAGAAAACCAAAGAAGUGAAUCAGAACAAAUAUAAAAAACAUAAAACAAUUUGAAUCUACAUAUUGGAAAGGUAUACUAUGUACAAAUCAACCCAGAGAAGUUAAUACCAAUAUACAUUUUUUUAAAUCUAUUGAGUUUAAAGAAAAAGAAUAUAUCCUUUGAGUUUCCAGAUAAAAAAAAAAAGUUACUUACAAGGUAAAGAAUGUAAGAUUGGUUUACCCUUCAACACCAGUAUUUUAAGCCAAAAACCAUAGAUAAUAUAUUUAAGAUACCUGAAGAUAGUAUAAGCCAAAACUUUAUAUCUAGCUAACCUAACCUUUCAAUCUAUUUGUUACUAAGUAAAUUUACAGAUUUAACCUGAUCCCAAUGCAGUAUUAUAUUUUUAUGGAGUUAAGUUUAUUAUACAGUUUAUUUGAAAGAAUAUACAAGAAAGCAAACAAAAAUAACUAGGAAACAGUGGGAUAAUAUGGGCUGUUUUUGUAUGUAUGUCUAUCUGUGUGUGUAUGUGUGUGCAAGCAUGAACACAUGCACUAACUCUACCAGAUAUUAAAUAUAAAACUCUCUAUAAUUAAAAUGUGGUGCUAUUGAUAUAUGACUAGACAGACCAAUAGAACAGAAUAGACAUUCCAGAAUUGAAUCCAAGUGCAUGCAAAGCUUUCCUAUAAUGAAGAAUUCACUUAUUUUAUACCAACUCUCCUGCUGAUAAUAAGUGGAGAGCUGAUUAGGAAUAAGAAGGAGAAGGAGAAAAAGAAACAGUUUUGUGCAUGUAUAUGUCUGAGAAGCAUAGAGAACUACAAAGGCAGUGAUGACCCUGGAGGAAACAGAAGCACAGAGAGAUACUUUAUACACUGUGCAUCUAACCCCCUUGAGGACUGCAUGUCAACUGCAGGGUUAAGAAGCUAAAAAGAGCUACUGACAGUCUCACAGGGAUAAAAAUUAGAGUUAAAGGCUUACCACAGAGGAGAGAAUCUGGUAAAUAGACCAGUCUACAAACUGGAACUCCCAGAAAGCAAACCCCAGGAGUAAGGGUAAACCAGAAAAGACAAGCCUUCACAAAGUCUGUGGCCAAGCUCUGAAUAAAAAUCAAUUACAUCGUUGAAUGUGGUGAUCUUCCCUAUUCUACAUGCUUGCCAAAAAUAAUAUUUAAUUCUUUAUAGGGAAAUCAAUCAUUCAGAACCCUUGCAAUUACUCAUAAAAAUAGCAAGCAUUGAAUCCAAAAUGGGUAGGUGUACUGAGAAAAAGACCACAUGACUAAAGCUAAAAGAAAGAAAAAUGUAAUAGACACAUGGGGGAUCUUUAUAUAUUGGCAUUAUCUUAUGUGGACUUUUAAAUAACUGUUGAAGAAAUUAGAUGCCAUAUGAAGAACUUCAAGAGAGAACUGACCUAUAGAAAACUAUAAACUAUAAAAACUUUUAAACUAUUAAAAAAAUGAAAAGGAAAUUCUAAACUAUAAAAUACAGCUACCACUUCACACCCUCAAGGAUGGCUAUAAUAAAAAAUGCAGAUAGUAGCAAGUGGUGAAUAUAUGGAAAACUGGAAUUCUCAUACAUUGCUCAUGGGAAUAUAAAACAGGACAGACUAUGUAGAAAACAGUCCAGGAGUUCCUCAAAAAGGUAAGGAUACAUAGAGUUACCAUAACUAUCCAAUAAUCCCACAUGUAGGUAUACACUCAAGAGAAAUGAAGUUACAUUCAUACAAAAACUGUUCCCUGAAUAGUCGUAGCAACAUUAUUCAUAAUAGCCAAAGGUAGAAAUAAACCAAAUAUAAAUUAACUGAUAAAUUGAUAAACCAAAUG